GGCUGGUCGGAGACUCAGGGGCGGCCCGUUACCAGAACAGCGCUGGAGCUAGCAACGACGGCGGCGGAGUGUCAGACUACGCAGUGAGAGGAUAUUGCUAACAACACAGGGGAACGGAGUCGCUUGAACACAGAAUCUGAUCCGUCCGUACCUGCAGGAAGCGCUUCCACACACUACUCCCAGGGGCUCGGUACAAAGCGGGGCGAUGGCGGUGAACGUGUACUCCACGUCUGUUACCAUAGAGAACCUGAGCCGUCAUGACAUGCUGGCCUGGGUCAACGACUCGCUGCACCUCAGCUACACCAAGGUGGAGCAGCUGUGUUCAGGGGCGGCGUACUGCCAGUUCAUGGACAUGCUGUUCCCCGGCUGUGUGCUCCUGAAGAAGGUGAAGUUCCAGGCCCGACUGGAGCAUGAGUACAUACACAACUUCAAAGUGCUGCAGGCAGCCUUCAAGAGGAUGAACGUCGACAAAAUAAUCCCUGUAGAAAAGCUAGUAAAAGGCAAGUUCCAGGACAACUUUGAGUUUGUCCAGUGGUUCAAGAAGUUCUUCGACGCCAACUACGACGGCAAGGAGUACGACCCACAGCUGGCCAGGCAGGGCCAGGACGUGCCACAGCCUCCUAACGCAGGUGAACACAUUACCCACAAAGCAAAGCGGCCGUUCGGCUCCACAGUGCCCCAGAGAACAUCCCCCACCGCCCCCAAAAACAUGCCCGCCCCUCAGCGGCUGAUGAACCACCCCGCACGGAGGAACCCCCCCCAGGCCCGGAACGGGGGAGGGGACAGCGACACCCAGAUCAUGGAGCUCAACCAGCAGCUGAUGGAUCUGAAGUUGACGGUCGACGGUCUGGAGAAGGAGAGAGAUUUCUACUUCAGUAAGCUACGAGACAUCGAGCUGAUCUGCCAGGAACACGAGAGCGAAAACAACCCUGUGCUGUCACGCAUCAUCAACAUUCUCUACGCUACAGAGGACGGCUUCGCUGCACCAGAGGAUGAGGAGAUCGACAACCAGCCCCACGACGACCAGGACGAAUACUAGACCCUCUCUACACCUGCUCUCUCUCCCUGUACCUGCUCUCUCUCUCUUUCUCUCUGUCUCUGUCUGUCUGUCUCUUUCUUUCUUUCUCUCUGUCUUUCUCUGUCUUUCUCUCUGUCUCUCCCUGUACCUGCUCUCUCUCUCUUUCUCUGUCUCUGUCUGUCUCUCUCUUUCUUUCUUUUUCUCUGUCUUUCUCUCUCUUUCUCUGUCUCUCUCUGUCUGUCUCUCUCUCUCUCUGUCUCUGCCUUUCUCUCUGUCUCUCUUUCUGUCUCUGUGUGUCUCUUUCUCACUCUCUCUCACUCUUUCUCUCUCUCAGUCCUUUCUCGCUCUCUCUCUCUCUUUAUUCCUCGUCUUCCUGUCUCCCUCUAUUACUCUCUCACCCCUCUAUCUCUCCCUCCCGAUGCAUCCCUCUUUUUCUCUCUCUCCCUCUCUUCCGCUCCCUCCUCUCUGUCCACCCCCUCGCCGCUCACCAACGCCCCAACGCCCGACAUCCAGCAGGCUGACCCCCGACCCCUGACCCCCGACCCCUGACCCUCUGCACCGCAGCCCAGCGCACACGCGCUGCGCGGGAACACCGCCGCCAGGAGGGAGCGCCAAGGAUGGAACAGCGGUUACUGUCUCACUCUUCCAGGAGCCCCCCCAAACACACGCACACACACACACACACACACACACACACACACACACACUCACACACACGUGCACACAGACACACACACACACACUCACACACACACACACACACUCACACACGCAUACAUGCUCACACAUACACACACACAAACACACACUUACAUGCAUGCAUGCACACACGCACACACACUACAGACGCACAACACACAACAGAUCAAAGCGACGCUUUAUGUACCAGCACCAAAACACUGCACCUGCAACCGAUGCUAAAUUAUUCUCCAUUUCCCCUCCAGUGACUUUCAGUGGUACAAGUUUGUUUGUAUAUUGUGUUCACGGGCAAUCAGCUGACGAAAUAUAUAAAACAUAAUCAAAGAUUUGUCUAAACAAAAUGGCGGUGACGGGGUAGCCUAUGACGACCGUGCAGGUGGAUUUAACGGCUUAUUCGUGUUCAAAGGACAGCAUGAGGCUUUUCUCAUUUUUUGUUUGAUUAUUUAUUGUUAUUAUUAUUUUAUUUUUGUAUCGGCUGGGUUGGGGGCAGGUGCGGGAGGACGAGGAGGUUGUGGGGGUUGCGGUAGCACGUAAAGAAGAAAUAAAGGAAGAAUUGUAAUAAAAGAAUAUGGCAGUUACGGCUAGACUCGUACAGACUGACCGUUUCAGAAGCGCUCUUGGGCUAGCUCUCUCCCAGUGCAUAUCUACCGUACUUUGAGCAUGUGAAUGUCAUAGAUCCAGCAGUGAAGGAGUGAUAUAUUUUUUUAACUGCUGUCAUCCGGAGGCUCGGAGCUCAGCGGGUGGUGGUUCGUUCCUCUCUCGUGCGUUCUUACUCAGAAACCUCUUUCAGUGAAACUGUGAAAUGUAUUUAUUUAAAGUGAAAAGGGCCGGCUAAUGUUCAAAAGUUUGGAGCUUCUUGAGCUCUUUUUUAUGAAUUAUUGAAAUUAAUAAGAGAAACUGAACGCCACUACUGGCUGACGACUCCGUUUCAGAGUUUGUGUUUUUAGCUGCUAUUCUUCUUAUUUUGUUUUUGUUUUUUUUUUCCUCUCCAGUUUUAAAUGUUUGGAUUUGGUUUAUUUUGAUAUAUUCUGUACACAUUUAAAUGCCACACAAGUUAUGAGUAAGGCGGAGGUCGAGAGUGUCGCAUUUCGGGCAGGUGACUGACUGUGAGUCACUCUGAGCGCGCUUGCAUUUAGGUGACCCCCGAAACACACACCCCCCCCAAAAAAAAAAAAAAAAAAAAAAUUAAGCAUUAAUUCAUCAUUAAUUCAUUGCAUUUAUAUAUGUGUAGCGCCUUUCUCACACUCGAAGCGCUUUACAAAGAUCAGGGGGCGUAACACGCCUCAACCACCACCAAUGUGCAGCACCCACCUGGGUGAUGCAACGGCAGCCAUUUUGCACCAGAACGCCACACCACACAACAGCUGAGAUGGAGGGGGAGAGAACAGUAAAAUCGGGGGAAGAUUAGGUGGCGGGUUGAGAGAGCCGGGACCCCGGGGACCCCCGUUAUAAUCACCGCUUGUACAAACCAACACCACGGUUACCUGACACCUUGGACAUCUCCUCUUCAGCCUCAGAUCAGAUGUCUGAUUGAUACAGUGGCCAGAACAACCUUGUGCAAAAAAACCUGCAUCUGUUUUCAGUUUUAUUAAGUAAAAUAAACUUGUGUGAAAAAAAUGGAAAA